CACAAUUCGGCCGCCCCGGCCAAUCGCAGGCCCGCACGCUGGCGUCACUUGGCGGGCCCCAGUCCAAUUCCACACACACCCCGUGCCCGGUCGGAGGGGGAGCUGGGACCCCUCCCCCUCCAUCGGCUGGCAAUGGAUCGGGGGGAGCUGCCCAAUCUCCGAAUACAAAACCGCUGCUGGGCUCAUCCACCCUGACGAGACCAAACAUCACCACCGCCAUUUCCUCCGCCAGAACACAACAGAUUGCCCGGCAUCUCUCGUCGAGCUCAGUCGCAACCAUGGCUUCCCAGUACAGCGUCCGCAAGGUUGGCGCUCCCUACACCUUGGAGCACCGCGUCUACAUCGAGAAGGAUGGCGUCCCCGUCUCGCCCUUCCACGAUAUCCCGCUCUAUGCCAAUGCCGAGCAGACCAUCCUCAACAUGGUCGUUGAGAUUCCCCGCUGGACCAACGCCAAGCAGGAGAUCUCCAAGGAGGAGCUCCUGAACCCCAUCAAGCAGGACACCAAGAAGGGCAAGCUCCGCUUCGUCCGCAACUGCUUCCCCCACAAGGGCUACCUCUGGAACUACGGUGCCUUCCCCCAGACCUGGGAGGACCCCAACUCCAUCCACCCCGAGACCAAGGCCAAGGGUGACAACGACCCGCUCGACGUCUGCGAGAUCGGUGAGCUCGUCGGCUACACCGGCCAGGUCAAGCAGGUCAAGGUCCUCGGUGUCAUGGCCCUUCUCGACGAGGAGGAGACUGACUGGAAGGUCAUUGUCAUCGACGUCAACGACCCUCUUGCCCCCAAGCUCAACGACGUUGAGGAUGUUGAGCGUCAUCUCCCCGGCCUUAUCCGUGCCACCAACGAGUGGUUCCGCAUCUACAAGAUCCCUGACGGCAAGCCCGAGAACCAGUUCGCCUUCACUGGCGAGUGCAAGAACAAGACGUACGCCAUGGACGUCGUCCGUGAGUGCAACGAAGCCUGGGAGCGUCUCAUCACCGGCAAGACUGCCCCUGGCGGUGUCUCCACCACCAACGUCACUGUCCAGCACUCCAGCAGCCGUGUUGCCCCUGACCAGCUUCCUCCCCUCCCCGCCAACGAGGAUCUCCCCCCUGCCCCCAUCGAUAGCUCCAUCGACAAGUGGUUCUUCAUCAGCGGUGCUUCCGCUUAGAGAGUUCGUUUGUUGAGGUAGAAUAAAGAUAUUUUUUGGCACCUUGUUGUCUUGGUC